CAGUUCGCGCAUAUGAUUUGCUGAGAGGCUUACAGCUUGCUUUAUGUCGAUUGGUUACUGUGGAGGGAAUGCUUUGCCCUAAUUGGCGAUUUGAUUGGCUGGCCGUCCUGUCACUGGUCUGAAGGAGACAUGGCGCAUGUGAGGAACCUGAAGGGUUUGGUUGGCAUCAUUACUGGAGGAGCCUCAGGCCUCGGCCGUGCUACUGUAGAACGGUUUGUGCGUCAAGGAGCAAGUGCUGUCAUCUUGGAUUUGCCCAAAUCGGAAGGGAAGACUGUGGCCGAGUCCUUGGGUGACAAGUGUGCUUUUUCUCCCACUGAUGUGACCUGUGAGGCAGAUGUGAAAAAUGCUUUGGAACUGGCACGUUCAAAGUUUGGCCGUGUGGACAUUGUGGUGAACUGCGCAGGAAUAGCUGUUGCUGCAAAAACAUACAACCUAAACAAACAGUUGCCUCACAGUUUAGAGGACUUCCAGAAAGUAAUCAAUGUUAAUAUCGCAGGCACUUUUAAUGUUAUCCGACUGGCUGCUGGUGAGAUUGGGAAGAAUGAGCCUGAUCAGGAUGGACACAGAGGGGUGAUUAUUAAUACAGCAAGUGUUGCAGCUUUCGAUGGACAGGUGGGGCAAGCGGCCUACUCUGCCUCCAAAGGUGGAAUUGUGGGUAUGACGCUGCCCAUUGCUCGAGACCUGGCACCUAUGGGAAUCAGAGUUGUAACUAUUGCUCCAGGAUUAUUUGCAACUCCUCUGCUUGUUGGGCUUCCUGAGAAGGUGAGAACGUUUCUGGCCAAGCAAGUCCCCUUCCCAAGCAGACUGGGUGACCCGGGGGAGUAUGCGCACCUUGUGCAGGCCAUUGCGGAGAACCCAAUGUUAAAUGGAGAAAUUAUUCGACUUGAUGGGGCCCUACGCAUGCAGCCUUAAUGGAAAGGACUAUUUGAUUCAAUGGGACCAGAUGGCUAUAGAUUCAUACCGGCUGCAAAACCAGGAUGUAAUACCCCUGUAAUUAAUAACAGUGAUCACCUCAAGUUCUUUAUUCCCUGGAGUGCAGGUAAAGCAAAUGGAGUUCAUUGUUAGCCCAUGAUAUCAUUGGGAAAGUUACUGAACCUGAACGGCAGCCAAAGCCAUGAUCUACAAAAGUCCUAACAAUGAAAACAGAGAUUUGACUGUCAGAGAAAAAUUGGCCUUUCUGCCACGACCAGCCAUCUUCUGGUAUAUAACUGUAAUUUUAACGUUGAUUUAUUAAACUGCAUUUCAAAGAA